AUGCCGACGGGGAUCGAAACCCGCGACUCGGGGGCCGCCGAGUCGGUCAACGGCGGCAUCGCCGCCCCCUACGGCCGGGCCUGCACCAACUGCUCCCGCGCAAAGUGCAAAUGCAUUCUCCGCCCCGUCGGUGGGGCCUGCGAGCGGUGUCACCGGCUCGGCAAGUCAUGCCAGCCGAGCAACCCCAUCCGGAAACGCUCCAAGAAGCCGCCGUCUAGCCGGACCGCGCAGCUAGAGGAGAAGCUUGAUGGGCUUGUUACGCUGCUGAGGCAGUCGGGUAGGCCGAACUUGUCGGCUGGACUGGGGGUUGAUAUUCAUAUGUCCGGGGGGUCUGUUUCUUCUUCGUCGACGACGGCUGGUGCUACUGCUGCUGCUGCUGCUGAGGCGGUGAGGAGACAGUCCUCCGAGAUGGGAGAUAUGCACGGCACUGGCGGCCGCGGUGGUGCUGGAGGUUUCGACUCGGCGCAGCAAUUCGGUAAAGGUGAUCGUAGGGACCGUGGGGCUUCGCUGCCGACGCCCACGCAGACGGCUAGUCCCGAGGAACCCGGUUACGGUGACGAGCUGCCCUCACCAGACGAGGCGGAGGCACUUUUUGAGGCGUUCCGUGGGCAGAAUCUCAAGUAUUUCCCGUUUCUCAACUUUAAGGCUACGAUGACGGCCGAGGAGCUGCGCGGCGAGAGGCCGUUUCUGUGGAUCUGCAUCAUGACUGUCGCGUCGAGGGUGUCGAGUCAGCAGCUUGCGCUGGGGCAGCGGGUGCGGCAGAUUGUGAGCCACAAGCUGCUUAUUGAGAAUGAGAGGAGUAUUGAUUACCUUCUCGGGUUGUUGGUGAUACUGGGAUGGGCGAAUCACCAGCUCGGUAACAAGCCGUUCAUGUGCUUGUUUUGUCAGAUUGCCAUUGGUCUCAUCUUUGAUUUGGGAUUGUCCCGCGACCCCUUGGAUAACCUGAAUCCUUUCCUCUGCUGGAAGGCUGCUCAGGAGAGGGCUGACCGGGAAAAGACUGGGGCCGUGGGGCAGACUCUGUAUGUCAAGUCGCAGAUGCCGCGGACGAUGGAGCAGAGGAGGGCUGUAGUCGCGUGCUACCUCAUCUCAUCGGCCGUCGCGAGUUUCUUGGGCAAGAUGGACCCCCUUCGCUGGACACCGCACAUGGACGAGUGUCUGCAAGUUCUCGACGAGCAGCCCGAGUCGCCCUCGGACAGGACCCUCGUCGCGAUGGUCAGGAUGCAGCUACUCAAGGAGGAGGCCGGGAAAACGUCCGCGGCAUGGCGUCCCGAGACCACGUUUGAUAUCGUCGACGCGCACAGGACGCCGCCUGCCAUGUAUGUCAAGCUGCUGCAGAGGCAGCUCCAGCAGCAUAUUCAGAGCCUGCCAUCAGAACUCCAGAGUACAGAACUCUCCAUCCAAGAAAUCGCCCUUUCCAACAAGACAGGAACAUGCGUGCCCGCCAACCUCCCCGACGUAGCCCGCCUCGACAUCUACUACGCCUGCCUGCACGCGGUCAAAGCCUGGUUCGACCACUUCCUCACCCUCCCGCCCGCGGCCUACUACACGACCCCCUUUCUCACUUUCUCGCAGCUCUCCCACUGCACGAUUGCGCUCUACCGCCUUUCGGUGCUCGAGGACCCCGUCUGGGACCGGGCCAGCGUGCGGUCGACGAUCGAUCUCAUUGCGACGCUCGACGAGAUUGGGGACCGGUUCAUGAGAGUUUGCAGCGAGGCUGGGUUGAAUGUCGACGUUGAGGAGGGGAAUGCGUUUGCGAAAGCUGUCAAGACGAUUAAGGGGCUCAAGGGGACGUGGGAGGCUUCUAUGGCACCGUUGGCUAAAGUUGAUGCGCCUGCUGCGACGGGGGUUGAUGGGACGGGUGUCCUUGGGGCUGGGAUGGGCGGCGGCGCUGGGGUUGGGGAGGUUGAGAUGGGGCAGUUUGGGUUGGAUUUGAUGGACAACCGGUGGUUUACGGAUAUCUUUACGCCGUUUGAUUUCUAG